UGGAAUCCCCUGUGACCUGGAAUCAGUGGAGCGGCGAGGCCUGGGGUAUAGAAGGCGAGCCUCCCGAUGUCAGGACAUCAGUGUCUCACCAGCCACAGUUCAAGCAAGGUCUCGUUCUCACAUCCGUUCAGGUCCAACCAGUACACCGCCGAUAUGAAGAUGUUCAUGGCCGUCCUGAUCCUUGGUUGCGUGGCCUCCUCUAGGGCCCUCUUCUUCGACCUCUUCAAAAAGGAGUCGCAGGCUGAUCCCUGGACUGCACAAGCCGCAGAUCCUUGGGCGCAGCCCGUGGAUCCCUGGGCCCAACAGCCAGCCAGUUCCUGGACCAAACCCUCCCUUAAGCCCGUGAUUAAAGAGGUGCCCAUCUACAUCCCUUACCCAAAGCUGGAGCCCGUGCAGUUCGUCAAGCCUUUCCCGAUCUUCAAGCCGGAGUUCGUGCCGGCUCCCGUCCCCUUGUAUAAGCCUCAGCUUUCUCUGCCGAGCAAGUUCUUCAACUUCAACGCUAAUUUGGAAGCGCAUAAGCAGCAGUACCAACAAGCCCAGCAACAGCAGUACCAAGAAGCUCUGCAGCAGUACCAGCUCGCUCGGCAGCAGCAAUACCAUCAAUACCAGCUCGCCCAACAGCAGUACCACCACCACCACCACCAACAACAACAACAACAACAACAACAACAACAACAACAACAACAACAGCUGCAGCAGCAUCACCAACAUCACCAGUCCACCACCAGCCCUUCCACCGCGUACGAAGCGCCUGAAACACAAAACCACUAACUUGCACUGAUGGAUCCUCGGCGUCCGACUGCGGCGAGAACUCCUACGUCUCUGCUCUUCGGUUUCUUACGCUUUUAUUAUUUAUUUAAUUUCUAAACUAAAUAAACUUGCGCUAACUGAUCAGACUGAUCAAUAAAAUGCUACUAAAUGUA